AUGGAGAGCGAUUCCUCAGCACAUCCAACCAAAAGGGUGGCAGCAAUGCUCUCCGAGUCCGAGCUGGUGGCAUUCGACCACACCGCAGCUGGACAUGACGGCAUCAGCUCCAACCUCUCGGGCUCCCUCAUCAUCAAGCCCUGCACGCAAGCCGAGAUCGACUUCUACGAGUCCGCCAAAGAUCACCCUUUAUUCCAAGCCCACAUGCCCACCUUCCUCGGGUCUCUCUCACAACACGACGACCAAGAAGCCGUUGCACCGCUGCUGCAGUCUUCUCAAGACGGCGUAGCGGCUGCACCUGCACCUCCACACGUGGACGGGGUGGUCGCACCAGCAGCAGCACAGGGGGCCAGCCCGGGCCUUAAUAGGCGCACAUCGUGGAAACCUUCUGGCGGCAAGAAAAUCUCCACGGGCUUGGCGAUCGUGCUGGAAAAUGUCGUGUCCGGGUUCAAGCACCCAAACGUGUUGGACGUCAAACUCGGCGUUAGACUGUGGGAUGACGACGCCCCGAUGGCCAAGAGGAGGAAACUCGAUGAUGUGGCGGCGAGGACCACGAGUGGAAGUCUAGGGUUUCGUCUCGCGGGCAUGAAGUUGUGGGCGGGCACGGAGCCAGAAUCCCAAGAAGUCGAGGUGGCCCCAACCGAGAAAGAGUACGUGGAAGUCAAGAACGGGUACAAAUCCUACAACAAGUUCUACGGACAGUCCUUCUCGGCGGAGACCGUCGUGGACGCCUUCAAGACGUACUUUGGCGGCGCGGUUGUCCAGGAUGACCCCACGACCACCAAGAAGAAAGUCCGCUUCAAGCACCCACGCGCCGAAUUCCUUAUCCGCCGCUUCAUCAGGGAAACAGAGAGUGUGCAGUACGUGCUAGAAGACGAGGAGAGUAGGAUGUACAGCGCCAGCGUGUUGAUGGUAUAUGAAGGAGACCCGGAGACGCUGGAGGCCAGCAUUGCGAAAGAGGAGGAGGACAUGCCGGAGCAACAGGACGAAGAUGACGACGAGGAGGAGGACGACGAUGAUGAUGAGGAUGUACGACCGCACAAAGUACACGAACUGCGGCUCAUUGACUUUGCCCACGCGAGAUGGACGCCGGGCGAAGGGCCCGACCAGAAUGCCCUCACCGGCAUCCGGAGUCUGCUACGUCUUCUGCGCGAUUUGGUCGAGGGAGAGUAA